CCGAGAAACAAACUACUUUCGUUAUUGAGAGGAUAUAAAAAGACAGCUCAAAUCAUUAUUCGUCACAAUUUUCAUGGGGAAGUGCCACAGUAAAGUAAAACGCAACAAUAAAAUGGAAGGAGAGAUAAGAGCUAUAAUCGCGGUACCCUUAGCGGACGGCGGUGUUGGAUACAUGAUGCCAAAAGUCGAAUGUCCUCCCUCAAUAUUUGAACCGGCGGUACCCUUUGAGGAUACAUGUAGUGUUGGAUACAUGAUGCCAAAAGGCGAAUGUCCUCCCUCAAUAUUUGAACCGAUGGAAGUAGAGAAAAUGGAACCAGAGAAACUUUAUUUGAUAAAAAAGGAGGAAGAAAAAGAGAAAGAAGGAGAGAAGGAGGAAGAAAGAGAGAAAGAAGAAGAGGAAGAAAAGAAAGAAGGAGAAGAAAGAGAGAAAGAAGAAGAAGAAACAGAGAAAGAAGAAGAAACAGAUGAGGAGGAAAUAGAAGAAGAAGGAAAAGAGGCGGAGACAGAAAUUUUCCUGGUGAGCAGUAAAAUGGAGGAGGGAACUGAUCAAACCCCCUUAGAAGUGGUCGCAUCCGAUUUCCAAGAGCUAUUAAAUGAUCUCACUUAUGGAGAUGACGGUGAGUGGGUCGAGAUGCAGCUUAUGGGAGAAGAAAAAGACACGGAGAAAAUGGUAGAGAACAUGAGUCAAGAGGAGCGUGAGGAAAUCGAGGGAGCCAAAGCAGACAAACUAAGCGGGGUUUACAAAAUUUGUACGGAUUACGGGAAAGCCAAAGAAGAAUUGACGGGAUUAUGGCUGAAUUGCGAAACAUACAGCAAAAUGGUCAACCGUUUGGGAGGAGAGAAAAGAAAAAGAGAAGAGGAAAAAGAAGAAGAAGAAAGAAGUAGGAAAAAACUACGACAUGCUAAAAGACAGUUACUCUACCAGUCUUACCUGAAAAUGAAAACGCUGGGAAACAACGCCGAACUCCUGAAAUUGCUCCAAGUCUGCAGAGUGAUGGAAAAAAUCAAGAAUAUCGUUCAGAAUCUGUAUGCUGACAGCGAUACUGAGGAUCUUGACAAAGUUUUUGGGCACAAGUACGACAUAAGGGAAACAAUAAUUUUCCUCCGGUACGAUAGGGUAAAACGGGAUGAUAGAGACCCCGAGGGGCAUGAUAAAUCCUCCGCCCGUCUCGACUCAUCCAAGCUAACCAUCGACAAGCUUUCAUUGAAAAUUGUCGGGCUGGGUCGUAUCCCAAAUUCGAACCUUAUCGUAGAAAAAAUCAGAGAGAAAUUCAGCAACAUGGCAGAGGAAAAGAAAAUCAAAGAAGAACCAAAAGAAGAAGAAAUGGUUCAGAUUGAACCAGACAGGCAGUUUUUGGGAUUCUCAUUCGCCGGGAAAAAAGAAAAAGAAGAAGAAAAACCAGAUUUUCUUCUAAAGCCUCCCAGAAAUGAUGGCGGAGAAACUUACUUAGACAUACUGAAAAGAGAAAAGCAGGAAGACAAGGAAUUCUACAAAAUGAUCGUCAUCCAGGAAAAAAGAAGACUGGCUAAAAACCCUCACUUAGUGACAGGAACCUUUGGACCCGGAACAGGCACAAAAUCCCUCUACGACAAAAUACAAGACCUGCUCAAGGAUUACUAUUACCCAGAAAACGAGUUCAACAGGCUGAAAUUGGACGUCAUUCUAGCAGAAAAAAUGAAGGAAGAGGCUGAAGCAGAACUACAACAGAAAAUAGACGUGGAAACGGAACUGCAGAUCACCAAAGAAGAACUACAAAAGGUCAUCAAAGAAAAUCAAAAAGCCACUAAGAAAAUUCAGGAUUUGAAAGAAGAAGUCGCAGAGCAAGAAAAAGAAAUUGAAGAACAAGAAAAAGAAAAUGACGAACAGGAUAAAGAAAUAGACAAACUGGAAGAAGAAGUCGAAAACCUGCAAGAAAAAAUCCACAAACUAGAAAAAGCUCCUCCCCUAUUCUUCUCCGAGGAAGAGUACAAAAAACUAAAAACCUUCAAUUGGAUAAUAGAAAACGAACUAGAGAGAGCAGAAAUGAAAAAAGCUGAACUGGAAGAAAAACUGACCGAAAAAGAAAACGAACUGCAGGAAUUGAAGGACAAUCUCCAAGAAAACAGAGAAAUAAUGAAACGCAUGGAAUGCGAAAUGGAAACUUGGAUCGACUUCGAUUACGUACAAAAAUCCAAGGAAUUGGAGAAAAAACUGGCUGAAAAAGAAAAAGAACUCCAACAAAAGGAUGACUACAUAACUCGCAUGGAAGCCAAUUUGUUCACUUAUAUGGACAGCAAUGCUAAACAAUUCCAAGAUAAAGAAACAGUCCUGGAUAAAAAAAUGACAGAAAAAGAAAAAGAGCUCCAAGAAUACAAAGAACAUGUCAAAGAAAUGGAAAAUAUCAACCAGAAAAUGAAAGAUGAAGUACAAGCCACUCCCUUAUACGAUACCUCAGAAGCCGCAACUUUCAUCCGAGAAAUUCAACGGAAAGCUGAUGAACAAAUCCAAAAAGCUAAAGAAAAAUUGGCCCUCAUGGAAGCAGAAGUCGACGCACUCAAGUUGGACAACAAAGAAAACGUCAAAAUAUUCGCAGAAAUACUGGACCAAAUCCUCCCCCACAUCAAGGAUAUGACAGAAACUUUCAACGAAGCCGACGAAUGGGUGAAAGCAGCAGCCACAGGAGAAGCAAGAGAAGCAUGGAGCAUCUAUGUCGAACCCAAAAUCGCCACGGAAGAAAAAUUCAAAAGUCUCAAGGAACUCUUCACCGAACAUUGCAAAAAAUUCUGCUUCGUCAGAAACGGAAGAACCCACAAUAUCAGCGGGGAAAUUCAGCUGAAAAAACCACUCAACAUCAAAGAACUCAACAAACUCCUGGGACCAAACAUCUAUCUGAACGGAGGACCGAAGGAACAAGCCACUGAAAAAUGGUCCAUGGCCGCGAAGUUCAACGAAAAUGAUUAUUUCUCGAUCUAUUUCACGGAUCAAACCCUCAAAGGCGUUGACAAAAUCGAGUGUGAUAUCAGAAAAUGAACGUUUCCGAGUGAAAAAAAUUCGUUUCCGAGUGAAAAAAUUUGUUCUUUAUUAACAUUUUUCUCCUUUAAACACUGUAUAUAUGUUCAUUUGUUCAUUUAUUUGCUUUGAAUUCAAUAAAAUUUGACUU